GUCCAUCUCAUCGCAUUCUCGUGUCUUGACUUUUAGAGUACACGCGACACGACGUCUCAGCAAGUCAAAACACACUCACACAAGGACAAGAGGAAAAAAUAUUCACGAAAGAAAGAAGGGAAAAUGCCGCUCUUCGGAUCCCGCCGCGACCCAACACCGCCUCCAGCUCCGCCUCCAGCCCAAAAAUCCUCCCUCUUCUCCCGACGCCAUUCCUCCUCCUCCUCCCCUUCUCAUUCUCCCACCCACACCAAUAACCACCACUCAUCCUCGCAUCAUCGUCACAGCAGCUCUGUAUCGCGCUCCGGCACCACCACCACCACUACCAAUUCCUCAUCUCCCAAACUCACAUCAGGCUUCUUCAACCGCUCGUCCGCAGACCCGAGCAUCAUCAAUGCUAAACAGAGUCUUGCGAAUGCCGAGGCUGCAGAGCGCGAGGCAGAUCGCGCGCUGAGCGUUGCGCGGACGGCGGUGCGAGAGGCGCGUGAACAUGUUAAGCGGCUGGAGAGGGAGGCAGCCGAGGAAGCGCGCUUGGCAAAGAUCAAACAGGGCGAGGCCAAGGCGUUGGGGAAGAUGGGGAAGAAACUGGGGCGGCAUGAUCAUGUUUAGUUGUUGGGGGACUUGGUGGGGAAGAAGGGUUGUUUCGUGUAUGUUUUGUACGAUAAGAUGGCGUUUUUCUUUCUUCUUCUUUACUGUGUUGGAAUGUAGGAUGCUAGAGCAUGCUGAGAAGCGAGGUUGGGGGAGUUCUGUGGUCAUGUGUAUGUGUGUAUGGCUUUUUGAGCGCUUGUAUAAUACCCGUUAUGUUACGUUUAACUGCUGUUUUCUUGUUAUUGUCGAGAUCAUGGAUAU